UCCCAUAUAUGACCAAACUUUUGCCCACAAGUUUUUGAGAUGAUUUUACAUGGUAGGGAGACAGACUCAUUGACUUCAAAGUUAUUCUGAUUCUAUGCCGCAUUUUACACGCAAGACUUCUAAUGAUAUAUUAUGAUAUAAAAGUGUACCCCGCAAAAAUUUCAUCAAAUAAAACUCAAACUAUACAACUCAAAAUCAUUUGGCAAUAUACGAUGAUGGUUCCCAAAAUACUCUCUAUACUUCAGUCUUUCACUCUCUUAUACCUCUUUACCGUUACUUUUGCUUCUACUGAGGAAGCAAAUGCUCUCUUAAAAUGGAAAGCAACUUUACAAAACCAGAACAAUUCCUUAUUGGCUUCAUGGACACUAAGUUCUAAUGCAUGUAGGGACUGGUACGGGGUUAAAUGCUUUAAUGGUAGGGUAAACACGUUGAAUAUUACAAACGCUAGUGUCAUUGGUAGACUCUAUUAUUUUCCAUUUUCAUCUCUCCCUUUUCUUAAGUAUCUUGAUCUUAGCAUGAACAAUUUCUCUGGCACCAUCUCACCUGAGAUUGGUAAUCUCACUAAUCUUGUCCAUCUCCAAUUGUCCAACAAUAAGAUUUCAGGCACAAUCCCAGCACAGAUUAGCUCACUAGUAAAGCUUCAGACUCUCCGCAUAUUUGACAACCAUUUAAAUGGCCCCAUCCCAGGAGAAAUAGGUUGCCUAAGGUCUCUUACUAAGCUAUCUUUGGGUUCUAACUUUCUUAAUGGUUCUAUUCCUAUUUCAUUGCGGAACUUGACCAAUUUGUCUUUUUUGUAUCUUUAUAAGAAUCAGCUUUCUGGCUCUAUUCCAAAAGAAAUAGGUCACCUAAGGUCUCUUACUGAGCUAAGUUUGAGGAAUAACUCUCUCAGUGGUUCUAUUCCGGCUUCAUUUGGGAAUUUGACCAACUUGUCUACUCUAUAUCUAUAUGAAAAUCAGCUUUCUGGCUCCAUUCCUGAAGAAAUAGGUUUCCUAAGGUCUCUUACCAAGCUAGUUUUGAGUACUAGCUUUCUUAAUGGUUCUAUUCCUGCUUCAUUGGGGAAUUUGAACAACUUGUCCCUUUUGUAUCUUUAUGGAAAUCAACUUUCUGGCUCCAUUCCUUUGUCUAUUUGCAAUUUAAUAUCACUACGAAAUCUAAAUUUGGGAAGAAACAACCUUAAGGGAGAAAUUCCGCAAUGUUUCGGCAAAAUGAGUGGUCAUCUUGAGGUUUUGGAUAUGCACAACAACUAUCUUUCAGGGACUCUUCCAACAACUUUUAGCAUUGGAAGUGUACUCAAAAGCUUCAACUUACAUGACAAUGAACUAGAGGGCAACAUCUCUGUAUCUUUGGCUAAUUGCAAAAGGUUGCAAGUUCUUGAUUUAGGAGAUAAUCACCUCAUUGACACAUUCCCGAUGUGGUUAGGAACUCUUCCAAAGUUGCAAGUUUUAAGCCUAAGAUCAAAUAAAUUACAUGGAUCAAUUAGAACUUCAAGGAUCGAAAACAUAUUUCCUGAGCUUCAAAUUAUAGAUCUAUCUUACAAUGCCUUGACAGGAAGCUUGCCAACAAGUUUGUUUCAACAUUUGAAAGCUAUGAGGACAAUGGAUCAAACAAUGAUGUCACCAACAUAUGUUUCUAUUUAUUUUGUAAAUGGAUAUUACCAUGAUUACAUACCAAUUACAACCAAGGGAUUGGAGCUUGAACUUGUUAAAAUUUUGACUGCUUACACUGCUAUCGAUCUUUCAAGUAACAAAUUUGAAGGACAUAUCCCAAGUAUUUUGGGAGAUCUCAUUGCACUUAGAGUGCUAAAUUUAUCUCAUAACAGAUUGCAAGGCCAUAUACCACCAUCACUUGGAAAUUUAUCAGUAGUCGAAUCAUUAGACCUUUCAUUUAACCAUCUUUCGGGAGAGAUACCACAACAACUUGCUUCUUUGACGUCUCUUGAAUUCUUAAAUCUCUCCCACAAUUAUCUUGAAGGACGCAUUCCAAGAGGACCUCAAUUUGCUACAUUUCAGAACAAUUCAUAUCAAGGUAAUGCCAGAUUACGUGGAUUCCCAGUUUCGAGAGAUUAUGGCUAUGAUGGGGUAUUAGAGACAAAUUAUACCGUAUCUGCACUAGAGGAUCAAGAAAGCAAUUCUGAAUUUCUCAAAGACUUUUGGAAAGCUGCUCUUAUGGGCUAUGGGAGUGGACUAUGUAUUGGAUUAUCCAUAGUAUAUUUCAUGAUUUCAACUGGAAAUCUGAAAUGGCUUGUAAGAAUCAUUGCAGAUUUGGAACGAAAGAUCAUUAUGAGAAGGAGCAAGAAGCAGCGAAGUCAAAGGAAUUACAGAAGAAGAAAUAAUCGCUUAUAGCCAAGUUACUAAUCGAGGAGUUGAUUAUAUAAUUUCAGAUGUCAAGGAUGGGAAGACAUUGGCACAAUGGAUUCGGUUAUCCGUUUGUUCACUUUUAAGCUUUAAUUUUGUAUCAUGUAUCUCAUUUGUGUUUACACAUUUGUUUUUCUUCUUUAUGCGACUUGUCAAGAUUUUGUAUUAAAAUAAUUGUUAUCACUCUCAGAAAAAACAAGUUUGUAUUAAUAUACUUGAGCUUUUUAGUAGCUUGAUAAAAAAUUUCAAGUUCAUCUUUUCAACUUUGAAUGUCUAACUACAUUAUACUAAAAGGAACACAAUAGCGAUUUUUUUCGCUCUCAGAAAUACCCUUAUUUGGAUAUGUUUAUUCUGUGAGUCAUCUUAAAACAAAUCAAAAGGCGAUGCUGUAAAAAAGAAUAUUAGAUGGAAAUCAUCUAUCUCCAGAUUUUAGUUCCCCGGUGUCGGAUGCCCUAUAUUUGGAUUGCGGCACACUAAAGUAUUGAAAAAUAAGUUAUGGAUUAUCAACCAUUAAAAAAAUAGAUGCCUAAUUCAACAUCACAAGUAAGCUCAUGAGAGGAGGAUUGUCCAAAGAUCAUAUAAGG